AUGCCAGACCUGCCCAAUAUCUUUGAGAUCCGUGUAAAUCAAGGCGGUCCGUCAGCUUCUGCCUCUUCAGAGCCGCCAACGGUGGGAUCGGGCCUCGCUCCACCGGGAAACUCGAGCCCCAGAGCCUUCCGUUCCCCUCCUCCGGGCGUUGUUUUUGCAACUAUAGCCUCUGUCGUAGCAGUUGUAGUUCUAGUUUUUUUGUGUUCGCGCGUCUACCAGCGGAGUGCACUUCACGGCCGUCGAAGCCGCAAGCUGGCCAGCUCGAAGGACGAUGAUGCACAUGUUGACACUUGCGGCGAUUCUGGUGACGAUGAGAAGGAACGGCAGCAGGAAAUCCCGCAGUCUCCUAGAUCCCCUGGUUUGGAAGCGUUGAAUCUUCCCCUUAAAAAGAGGCUGUUGUUACGAGUGGCUGAAACUGGUACUGGUGGCAGUGGACUUAAUCCCCGGCAGCAGAGGCAGCAGCUGCUUCUCCAUGAGCAAGGUGGCGCUGCACCUGGCUUUUCUCCACCGCGAGUGGUUACAAGGCAGGAAGAGCUUGAAAGUUUAGGACAUGCUGUUCCCAGUGCACUGUCUUCAGCGCAACAGGGGGUUCCAGAGGGCAGUAUGUUAUUACAAUUACUGAGUAACCCUACAGACCAGCGUGCUGCUGGAAAUCGUGGUUCACGUGCAAGGGAAGCAGGUUCUGUGGAUGAGCAGAAGCUGCAGACCCGCCUGCAGGGGGAACAGGGGAGGGGAUGCUGGCAAUCUCGGCAGCAGCAACUGCAGGAACGGAAGCGAAAGCAACGGCAGGAGCUGGAGCUACUGGAGGAAGAACCAAAGAAGCGGGAGAGGACGCUGCAGCCUGCAGAGCUCCUCGGGGCGGAAAUCGAGGAGGAUUCAUGGAUUGCACCGGAAUCUCCAAGCACUGAGACGUCACAGCGUGGUUCCUCUCAACAGACGUUGCAGUCAUCUACUACGCCAGCAUCAACAAGCCUCUCGACGCCCUCGCACUUUAGAGAGAAUGUAGUUCCGGGGUCUUCAGUAAUUUUUUUCGCAGCACCUCAUGCAGAUACCACUGUGGUGUCGUCAAGCGAUGAAGCUGCAGCGGCUCCCGCUGCAGGGGCUGCAGCUGCAAGCACAGGGGCCGCGGUUGAGCGGCCUUUCCCGUCCUCUGCUGCAUGGACACCAUCUGGUGGAGGCAUGAGCUUGGAGAUGCCGGUGACUGCUAGUAAAAUGGUUGGUGGCAGAAUCGUCGAUGAAGGAACAGCAGCAGUCGAAGAAGCAGCAGGUUCCGCAAGAGGCACAUCUUUAUCACAUCCGAACCUCAUACAGCAGCUAGGAGCGCCAGGUGAUGCUUUUCCAUCCGCAAGAGACCACCCGUUGGUGCGCUUGCCAAAGCCAGUUGUGUCUAAGACUCCUCAUGGGAUCGCGAUCAACUUCCAGCGCGCCUUGAGCAACCGGUCCACCAUGCGCGAAGUAGUACCUCUGCUACUGAGGGCUCACAAGCUGCUGUCGCGGGAGUUUCUGUAUGCUGGCCACAUGGUAGAUUUGGCGCUUGCCGCCGAAGCUCUCAUAGAGUACGGGAUGCAAUAUCAAUCACAAAGUCUGGCAUCGUUCCAGUUGUUUUACACACUUGAGAAGCUGGCUAUUCGUUUCGUUGUUCUGGAUUGUGUAGUCUCCACCCUUGUAGUCCUUGACCAAACUCCAGACCCUCGUCUGUGGAAACGCUUCGCAGAUGCCAUUAAAGAUGACGCAACACUAAUAUCCAGUGACGUGGAAAUGCCCUUAGGUCGACCGAAUGUGAAUGUGGGUCGGGCUCAGCAGCUCAUCCGUGCAAUUCAAGUAUUCAAGACGGGAAGGCGGCCGGAUCCGGAAGAACUACUGCAGAUAAAGAAGUGGCUCUUCUGUUCGCCGACCUCUCCUAGGCGUUUUAGAAAGAAAGAGUUUGAUCCAUGGAGGAAGGGUUGUCUGCCUCCAACGGAUAAGCAGUAG